ACGAGGGAGGGGGGGGAACGACGCGCGACAUAAAUAUAACCUCCAAGUCGUUCAAACUGAUCGCAGUCGCAGUUUGAUCGCGAGCCGGCGAUUUUACGAUACGAUGACAUCCAGCGACGAACAACUCGUGAAUUUGCCAUGGGUCGAGAAAUAUCGUCCCAAAAGUCUGGACGAACUUAUUUCCCACGAGACAAUAAUAAAAACGAUUAACAAGUAUAUCGAUGAGAAUCAGCUGCCUCAUCUUCUCCUAUACGGACCACCUGGGACAGGCAAGACCAGUACUAUACUAGCGUGCGCGCGUAAACUCUAUACUCCAGCUCAAUUCAAUUCGAUGGUAUUGGAAUUGAAUGCGUCUGAUGACAGAGGUAUAGGUAUAGUUCGAGGCCAAAUUCUGAGCUUUGCUAGUACGGGUACCAUGUAUAAAUCUGCAUUUAAAUUAAUCAUCCUGGAUGAAGCCGAUGCAAUGACGACCGAUGCUCAGAACGCACUCAGAAGAAUCAUUGAAAAAUAUACGGAUAAUGUACGUUUCUGCAUUAUAUGCAACUAUCUUAGUAAGAUUAUCCCAGCUUUGCAGUCUCGUUGUACCAGGUUUAGAUUCCUGCCUCUCGCAGCAGAGCAAAUAAUGCCAAGAUUGAAUCAUGUAAUUGAAGCAGAGAAUUUGAAAGUUACAGAAAGUGGAAAGGAAGCAUUAAUGACAUUAAGUGGCGGAGAUAUGAGGAAAGUAAUAAGUGUACUUCAAAGUACAUGGUUUGCUUAUGGCGAGGUAAAUCAAGAAAAUGUGUAUAACUGUGUCGGACAUCCAUUACCAAGUGACAUAAGUAAAAUUGUAAACUGGUUACUAAACGAGUCUUAUGACACAUGUUACAAAAAAAUUCAAGAGCUUAAGUUAAACAAAGGACUUGCAUUACAAGACAUAUUGACAGAAAUUCACUUAUUUGUAAUUAGAAUUGAUUUCCCCGAUCCAAUAAUGAUUGAUUUACUGAGUAAAAUGGCACAAAUAGAAAAAAGACUGGCUUCUGGAUGUCGCGAUGCUGUCCAAGUAAAUUCUCUUAUCUCUGCAUUUUAUAAAGCUCGCGAAAUCGAAAUAUAAUAUCUCCUAUCAUACGGAUAAUAAUUGAAA